AAAGUCACAGCCUCACAGGUUCAAGUCCCAGAGUCACUGAAGCAGCAUCAGUGAGCAAUCAUGGCGGCCACUAGAGCGAUGACCAUAACCAGCAACUCUGCGUGCUCCUUGCUUACCAAAUCCCCGUUUUUGCGGAGGCAAAAGCCCUUCGUUGAUAGCCUUUGCCUUAAGAACCUCAAGCUUCGUUGUCCUUCUUCCAAGAGGUCUUACACUUGCCGGGCUAUCUACAAUCCCGAUGUUCAGGUCAAGGAGGAAGGCCAGCCUGAAACCUUAGAUUAUAGAGUCUUCUUCGUUGAUAAGUCCGGGAAGAAGGUUUCUCCCUGGCAUGAUAUUCCGUUGCAGCUAGGUGCUGAUAUCUUUAACUUUAUUGUUGAGAUACCAAAAGAAUCUAGUGCAAAGAUGGAGGUUGCUACGGACGAGCCAUUCACUCCUAUUAAGCAGGAUACGAAAAAAGGAAAGCUCCGAUAUUAUCCCUAUAACAUAAAUUGGAACUAUGGCUUGCUUCCACAAACAUGGGAAGAUCCGUCUCAUGCAAAUUCUGAAGUUGAAGGUGCAUUGGGAGAUAAUGACCCUGUUGAUGUGGUUGAGAUUGGUGAAAGCCGGAGGAAAAUAGGAGAGGUUCUCAGGGUGAAACCCUUGGCUGCUUUAGCAAUGAUUGAUGAAGGAGAACUUGAUUGGAAAAUAGUUGCAAUUUCAUUGGAUGAUCCAAUGGCUUCACUCGUGAAUGAUGUUGACGAUGUUGAAAAGCAUUUUCCAGGCACCCUUACCGCAAUUAGGGAUUGGUUCAGAGACUACAAGAUACCUGAUGGAAAACCUGCUAAUAAAUUUGGCCUCGGCAACCGGCCAGCAAAUAAGGCUUACGCUCUAAAGGUCAUCGCAGAGACCAACGAAUCCUGGAACAAACUUGUCAAGAGAUCCAUUCCUGCAGGUGAGCUCUCACUUGUGUGAGAUUGAUGCAUUGGUAUUCGAUAUAGUGGUCACUGCUGGUGCUGGUGCUGGUGCUGGUGCUGCCUUCAUUCUUUGGAACUCUGUCCCCUAUGUUAUCAUUUCACGAACUCUUCUUCUGUUGGGCUUUCUGGAUAAAUCUAUCUGUUUUAUAUCAGUGCUUUUUUGUCCCACUGUUUAGUUAGAUAUAUAUAAUCUUAUCCAUCUUUCUCUAUCAUACAUUGUACAUUUUUAUUAAUUA